UGGGUGCAUUAUACUCAAACGGUCAUGCCCUCUAAUUAUUAUUUUGUUAAUUAUCAUUUUAAUGAAUUCUACUCAUAUUAUUACAGCAUAAUGUUAGGGAACAGGUCAGGUUGAAGGUUCUAUUGCUAACUGGGCAACUAUCGUUGAAAUUUUCUGUAAAAUAACCUGAAUUGCUUCAGUAGCCAAAUGUCCUACUGUAUAAAGGGCAUGCCUGACACAUAUCUGAUGUAAACUGAUUUCAGCCAACAUAUUAGCCUGUGAAUAAAUAAGACAAGACCCUACACCACCAAGUUGUUUUCGUGCCCACAAUAAAUUAUGUUCACUAAUGUGAGUGACAGCCAGCCUUAGAUUACGUUUUUAUCAUAACUGAGCCCUGAUUUGUUUUCACUGGCCACGCCUUCAUUUCCCCGAGUGGCUCCCGAGAAUCUGCGCAUCUACCACGUUCAUGGGAAACCUUUAAUCUCGCUCAGACAGCAGACAGCAUCAAUUCCUUCCCAUCAAAGCCACAGAUAACUGAGAAUCAAGGCAGUUCCUGGCUCCAAACGUCUAAGUGACCAUUAAUCGAUUGUGUUGAGAGCAUGAAUCUCAGCCUCUCAGACCAGAGCAUGCACACGUCCAGCGAGGGCUACCUGGAGGAGGAAAAAGGUGAGCUGCUGCACCCUUGUUUCCGAAGAAACGUGUACGAUGAUUCCCUGACUACCUACUCAAAUGGAUCCAUCAUCUCCCAGCUGCUGAGGAAAACUAUUCAGAGUAAAAGGGUCCUAGAGGACAAUCUUUUCUACCUGCCGGCCACUGCUGUGUCCAGCUCCACCAUGGCCGACUCCAGCCAGGAGGACCAGAGCAGCAACUCCUCCAAAGAGAGCAUGGCAGAGCUGGCGUCUCCUGGCAGCCACCCCUCCGUCACGACCAGCCCUCAGGCCGACAGGCCCCUGAACGAGCACCUUCAGGCCAAACGUGCCCGGGUGGAGAACAUCAUCAGAGGCAUGGCGGGAUCUCCUAACGCGCGGAUUCCGGGGGAAGGGGAGCGUAGCGAGGCCGACGGCAGGGAUGCGAGAGAGGCCUACAGGGAGAACAAAAGGAAGCAGAGGCUGCCUCAGCAUCAGGAGCACAGUCUGGGCGGAGGCCUUGGCGUCAGCCGAGGGGGGAGCGGCAGUAAGGAAGAGGAGUGUCAGAGGCUCAAGGAGCAGCUGCAGACCAUGCAGAGGCUCCUCAGGCAGCUCCAGGAGAAGUUCUUCCAGGUUUACAAUCUGAGCGAUUCUGAGCAGGAGGACCGGGAGGAGGUGGGUCCAGCUGGGUCUAUAGAACGUGAAGACCUCACGCAUAUCAAAGAACCCUUCGAAGGGUCUGACUCUGAGUUUCACAGGGACCAGGACGGUGAUUUUGAAAAGAGGAGGGACAGCAUUAAAGCCAGCCGAAGAGAUGCAGUAAAGACACACAGCAGCCAUUUUGCAUUUCUAAAGGAGGGCAAGAAUCUACCAGAGUCGCUCAAGUAUGAGCUCUCCAAAGCUGUGAGUGAGAGUGUGGACUUGGUUUUUAAACAGUUCUCCUCAGCUUUUACUCCCCAGCUGCAAAUGGGGCAAAUUCCAGCCCAUGUUAAUAUAGGACCCGAGAAGAAGACCCAAAUAGCAUGUGUGCAAGAGCAGCCACACACUGAAGAUUCCAUGAAGACAAGGUCCCUGGAAUAUUAUGAGAGUGCUGAGGUGCAAAUACCUGAGGACCAGACAGAGGCACUUUCACUGGUGGUUCGUAAGCCACCUCUGAGCCACCCAAGUUCCAUGAAUCAAGCAGUGAAAAGACCCUACCCGGUUCACCAGGCUCCCUUUCAGUUCAGCUACAGCACCCCCAUUCAUGAGAACCAGAUUCUGGAGCACCUCCUCAAGUAUGGCCCCCACGGCAAUUUCGGAAGCCUCCCGUGUCUGCCCCCACCUGUGGACAGGUCCUCCCCAGAUUCGGUAGACUUGCCGUGGGACACCAUUUCUGCCAGGCCCAAGGUGAGCUCCACUCAGAUGGCCCACCAUGCCCGAUCAACAGCCUUGGGACAGGUGUCGAUGGAUAGCCUUUGCCUCCCUCAUGUUAAGAUGGAAUGCGGGGAUCUGCAGAGCCUGGCGGAGAGAAACCCUUAUAUGUCGCUCAAUAUUCAGGAAGGUCUGACACCCAACCAUCUGAAGAAAGCGAAGUUGAUGUUCUUCUACACCCGCUACCCAAGCUCCAAUGUGCUGAAGACCUUCUUUCCUGAUGUCAAGUUCAACCGCUGCAUCACCUCCCAGCUGAUCAAGUGGUUCAGCAACUUCCGUGAGUUCUACUACAUCCAGAUGGAGAAGUUUGCCCGUCAGGCCAUCGUGGAUGGAGUGAACAACGUGAAAGACAUGUCAAUCACCAGGGACUCCGAGCUGUUCCGCGCCCUCAACAUGCACUACAACAAAGCCAAUGACUUCCAGGUUCCAGAGAGAUUUCUUGAGGUUGCUGAAAUCACACUCCACGAGUUUUUCAACGCCAUUUCCUUGGCCAAAGACACAGACCCUUCGUGGAAGAAAGCGAUCUACAAGGUCAUCUGUAAACUGGACAGCGAUGUCCCCGAUGAAUUCAAAUCAUCCAACUGUGUGUAGGAAGUGCACAACAUUGUGUAUGUUUACUAUGAUCUGGUUAAAAAAAAAUGAUGCGUCUUGCUGUGGAUGUGCAGUGCACUCUUGCUGAUCCCGAGAACUCGUGAAUUACUCUGUGUCUUGAAGGAGAGCCCUCAUCACUUCUGUUUUAAUUGGAUGUUGUAUAUUUAUGUAUCAGAUACAUCAGUAGUUGUAUUGCUGGAGGAGUGGUUUAGCACAUGUGAAGCUCUAUAACUGGACAAAUUAUAAUAUUAUUGACUGGUUGGUUUGCCACAUUCAGUAUAGGUAUGUGAGUAUACCUUUGUCCUCUGAUGAGAAGGUGUGUGACUCCUGGAGGAGUGUUUCACCAGUGAAUGAAAGAAAAAAUAAGGAUUUGUGUCUCCUCAGACUAGGAUUGUUCUAUUUAUUGAACAACUGAUUUGGUUGGUAAUAAGAAUUGAACUGUAACGAAUCUGUCAUGAAUCUGUUGCUAUAAGCCACAGUUGAUGCACAAGUGGCUUUGUUCUACAGUAGAUCAUCGGGAAAUAACAAGCCAUGACAGAAUGAAUGACCUGCACACUUAAUCUCAAAUUCACUUAAUAAUGCCCUUAUGUUCUUAUGGUCAUACUCCUGACUAGUCUAACAUUUCCAUCACCCA